CGGGAUUUCGGGCGGCCGGGGGCGCGCGACGCCAUGGGCCGGCCGGGCCCGGAUCCCCUCUCUCUCAGCCUGGCUUCUCCACCUCGGUCUCCGCCAUGAACGGGCCCGCCCUGCAGCCUCCCUCGGCCUCUUCCACGCCCUCCGCCGCCUCGUCCGCGACGCCGUCCCCGCGGGGCUGGAGCGAGUUCUGCGAGCUGCACGCGGUGGCCACGGCCCGGGAGCUGGCCCGGCAGUACUGGCUCUUCGUCCGCGAGCACCCACAGCACGCGCCGCUGCGCGCCGAGCUGGUGUCGCUGCAGUUCACCGACCUCUUCCAGCUCUACUUCUAUUGCAGUUCCUUCAGCUCUCACUCGCUCAGGCAGAGUACCCCUGGAGUCCCUCCUGUGUGCCAGACACUUGCUCAGAUGCUGGAAGCACAGGCAGGACCUUCUGGACAAACACCCCGGCCCCAAAGCAAGCCGUUCACUGUGUCAUCUGUAGUCACAGCGAAACACGAAACACGCUUUAAUGUCUCAUCUCGUCCCUGUCCCGUCUUAGGGAAGAGUUCAAAGCCCAAGCUACAAGCAGCCUGCUCCAGCAUCCAGGAGGUCCGGCGGUGCACACGCCUCGAGAUGCCAGACAACCUCUACACCUUUGUGCUAAAGGUGAAGGACCGGACAGACAUCAUCUUUGAGGUGGGAGAUGAGCAGCAGCUGAAUUCGUGGAUGGCUGAGCUCCGGGAGUGCACAGGCCAAGGGCUGGAGAGCACAGAACCAGAGAUGCACAUUCCCUCAGCUCUAGAGCCCGGCACGUCCAGCUCUCCAAGGGGAAGCACAGAUUCCCUGAACCAAGGUGCUUCUCUUGGGGGCUUGCUGGACCCAGCCUGCCAGAAAACAGAUCACUUCCUGUCCUGCUACCCCUGGUUCCAUGGCCCCAUCUCCCGAGUGAAAGCAGCGCAGCUGGUUCAGCUGCAGGGCCCUGCUGCCCACGGAGUGUUCCUGGUCCGGCAGAGUGAGACGCGGCGCGGGGAGUAUGUGCUCACGUUCAACUUCCAGGGCAUAGCCAAGCACCUGCGCCUGUCGCUGACCGAGCGGGGCCAGUGCCGAGUGCAGCACCUUCACUUCCCCUCGGUCGUGGACAUGCUACACCACUUCCAGCGCUCACCCAUCCCACUCGAGUGCGGUGCUGCCUGUGAUGUCCGGCUGUCCAGCUAUGUGGUGGUCGUCUCCCAGCCACCAGGUUCUUCCAACACGGUCCUGUUCCCUUUCUCCCUCUCUCGCUGGGAUUCGGAGCUGGGCCUUCCCCACCUUAGCUCGUCUGGCUGUCCACGGGGGCUGGGCCCGGAGGGUCUCCCAGGACGAUCGUCUCCCCCAGAGCAGAUCUUCCACCUGGUGCCUUCGCCCGAGGAACUGGCCGACAGCCUGCGGCACCUGGAGCCCGAGCCUGCCAGUAGAGCCCGGGACUCAGACUACGAAAUGGACUCCUCCUCCCGGAGCCACCUGCGGGCCAUAGACAAUCAGUACACACCUCUCUGACGGUGGCAAGGACUCCCUGCCUCACGGAGGCCCUGGAGCAGCUAGAAAUAAGAACUUGUGAAUGUAACUUUCUUUCCUUCCUUUCAGAGAGAUUUAAGGGACACUGUUAACUGUUCCAGUUUGGAUGUGACCCUUCUAUUAGGCCUGUUAAAGGGCCUCUUUUAAGUUUCAUCUAUCACCUGGCUUUCUCCUUAUUGUUUACAGAUGUAGUUCUUGUUUGCAGAUGCUGCUGGCUCCUGCCCUGGGUCCCUAGGACCAGUCUCCAUCACUCUUAGAGGUGGUGGUGGGGUGAGGGCCCGAAGUGGCAGUGGAAACUUGUUCUCUUUUUCACUGACACUGUCACAGCUGAUGACAGACUUUCUAUUGGGGGGAGGGGGGAAAGAGGGUCAUCAGGAAGCCCAAAACACUAACAAGCCCUGGAUUCUCUUAUGGUUUUCCUGUUGUAGCUUCAGUUCGCGUGGCAGCUCUGCUGUGCCCAUGCCACAGGUGACCACAUCUAUCCUGCUUCGACACUCAGCCUUAGGAUAAAGCUCUGGGAGAUGGACAGGCUAAAGGUCAAAAAUGAUUUUAAACAUUUUACCUCAGGUCAAUUUUUCAAAGGAUUCAGGUUUCAAAACUAAACCAUUGCUUACUUCGUUGCACUGUUUGAACUAAUACCCAUGUGAUUUUUAUAGUCAGACAGCUAUGCAAAUGCUUCUUAACUAGUUCCCAGUCUCAGCCAGCAUGCCUGGCUUGUCUACUGCAUCCUCAGGACAGUCACCGGCUGCUGAGUAGCCACUGUCCUUCCUAAAUGUGGAGAAGUGAAGUGUGUCACCCUUUCAGGGAAAUUCAGACAAUUACUGAAAUAGGAGGGUGGCAAGUUACAGUUCUAUCCUGGUGCCUUAUGAAUAAAAACUGGAUUCUGGUUGACAGAAGCUUUAUGCUGAGAGUUAAACCGAGGGGUGAGGGAGGGACAAGCAAAAAGGGAAGAAAGGCUCCUGGGCCUUUCUAGUAAAUCUUUCAUCAACAGGGCCUUCGCAGAGCCCCCCAGUGUCUAAUGGCUUAUUAAAUUAUCUGACAAGGUUUUAGGCUCAUUCUUAUGCCAAAAUGGAAGCUAGGAACCUGGUGCCUCAGCUAAUGAGGCAGUCCUUUAAUGGCCCAGUGUUAUUCCAGCUGCUCACUGCUUCAUCUGACGAAGCAUGUGUGCACACAUGCACACACCUCCACCACCUGGGGGCGGCGGCGGGCGGGGGGGGGUACUGCUGCUGCAGUCAAAUCUCUAUGCCUCUUUCACAAGUGUCAAUCCACGGAGGGGCUGGCUCCUCCCAGAGGUUACACACAUAGGCUCAAAAACAAGGCGGGCAGUGACAGUGAUGUCAGCUGCUCCUGGGUGCCAGCAGAAUCACUCAGUGCAGCCACCAGGUUCACCAAGGUGGCUUCUAGGAAUCUGGGAGUUUCGCAUAGCGUAACACGUAUACACACACAUCAGAGGCUGAAAUUGAACAUUAGCCUAAAACUUACUGCCUGCUUUAUCUGGGUAAGGGUUUGGUCUGCUCCCUCCAGCCAUUCUCUGUACUCCAAGAGAUGUCUUUUGCUUCUAGAAUUUUCUGGUUGAGCUUUCUUUCUUGAAGGGGAGGGGCAAGUAGCCACCUCUUCACCACUUUUAAAACCAACACUCCUGGGCGUUUAGACAGAUUGUAAAACAGAUCCAACCAUGAUCCAGAUUUGUGGUCCGUUUCUAAAUAUAUUUAUUUUCUACAUAUCAAGCAGGUUUCUCUGACGUAAUGAAUGCCAAGCAAAGUGUGAACCAGGAGAGCAAGCGCUAUUUUGAAUAUCUCUUUUAAAAGAGAAAACUCAUCACAGAAAGUCACGGGGGCAGAUUUUUCCCUUGUCUGCACAGAAAAGGGGCCAAGUAGAAAAUGAAGCAAGUAAAUUCCCUCCCAUCUGAGAUAUGACAUCUUUAAGGCAAGGGCACUCCUUAGCAAUUUCAACAUUAACAAUUCUCAGGUGGUGCAAGAGGCAUGCCAGACACAGCAAACUAGCAGCUCUGACCCACUGGCUACAAAGUACAGGCUCAGACUCCGACAGACCUGGAAGUCACCCACCUCCAGACUGCUUCAGUAUAAAAUGUUCAAGAAAAACAUUUCCUUUCUAAAUGUGUCUGAGUUACCAGGACAGCUCAAAUACAUUCUGACAAAAAGCCCCAUGAUAGCCUGGGAAGAAGUGACACUAAGCCAAUGCCUUUUCUGCUGGAGGAGAGGGAACAGCAGGUCCCUGGGCUCGAUGCCCUCAGUGACCCUGCUGGCUGCAGCCAGCCCACCAUGAUAGCACAUUCCACCACCCUCCUUCCAGUCCUGAUGUGACUGCUGCUGCCAGCAACAGGCCAAGCCGGCAGCCUCCACUGAGAGCCCAGGCUCUGAGUGCCAAAGGGACAGUAAGCAUCACAGUCCCUCCAGUUAUCUCUAAUUACAGACUAUAAGGAUAGCUUGACAGCUCCCAGCACCAUCACUUCCUUAAUCUGACUUUAAUUAACUUUUACAAACUAACAGUCACCAGCACCAAAGAAUUAAGUCAACUAACCUGCCUUGAAUUUUAGACCAGCAAUCCAUAUGGCUUUAUCUGGUAUAAAUCUUCUGCCUUUGAUCAUUUCUGGACCGUGUAGGAAAAAGGAAUAGCAAUCAUUAAAAUCUUAGGCCAGAGAACACUAUUUUUAUAUAACAGUUUCUUAACCUAAAAUCAAGGCCUUGAACUCAUCCCUAGGGGUUGCCUGAGAUUCCUUCAUGCUUUUAUUCAGGGCUAAGUCUCAUCGCAAAUGUCAUGUGAGCUCUAACAUCUCCCAAAGGCUAGAAGAACUUAUAUUAUCUCCACUGCCUCUUAACAAAGACACAUCUGACAUUCCAGUGUGUGGUUGGAAUAAGCAGCACAUUGUAACAACACAGAAGAUGAAUUCAUCUUGUAUCGUUAUAGGCAGAAGGUAUUUGGCAAUUUUUAUGUAUUGUUUAUGUACUGUAUAAGUAACUUAUUCUUGAAUAAUGCAAAUUUUGCUAUAAUGUACAAAUUGCUACAUGUGAAUUAAAGUUUUCAGAAUCUUGA